AUGGACCCAGACCGGCGAGUCGCGAGACUCCAACUCUCCCAUCAUCUAAUCUACUAUUUGAUAUCCUUCUCUGUUGUGCUUUCCGCGUCAUGGGCCGGCGCUAUUGGACCUUCGAAGCAAUGUGGCCGCGCCGUGGGAAAUGCGCCUAUUUCCCAAACCACAUGCUCCGGCCAACGCUACGAUUAUUACGGCCUAGCAGCUUACGGUACGGUUCCAUCUAAUGCGACCGAUCGAUAUGGAGAUACCCUGGGUGGGUUUGGGAGUGCGGUGUUUUUCGACCAGUCAUCUUGGAACAAGGGUCAGGAUGGUUCCUACCACGGUAUGAUCUGGGCAAUGCCUGAUCGUGGUUGGAAUACGAACGGCACUUUGAAUUAUCAAUCGCGCAUUCACAAAUUUUCCAUUCACCUAUGUCUAGCCCCAGACGCCUCCGGCAGCCACCCGAGUCCGCCGAAUAUGAACUUGACAUAUCUCGACUCAGUCUUGUUAACCGGGCCUGACGGCGUUCCCACCACGAGCUUAGAUGCGGAUGCGACCGGAUUUAUAUCCUACGACGGAUUUCCUCCGCUGCCACGAGCCACCUAUGACGGAGAUGGCUUUGGCGGCCCCGGCCUAACUAACGUCCGAAUUACGUUGGAUUGCGAAGGCUUAGUGGUUGAUUCCGACGGUGCUUUUUGGAUCUCAGACGAAUACGGCCCGUAUAUCUACAGGUUCUCAAAAUACGGCAAAAUGCUCCUUGCUAUCGCGCCUCCGCCCGCGUUCCGUCCUCUACGGAAUGGCACAGUCAGCUUCAGCGGAGCUGAGCCGCCAAUGUUCGAACCGGAUCGAUUUCCUAGACCUCUCGAUCCCACCGCUGGUCGAGCCAAUAACCAAGGCCUCGAGGGUCUCACCAUUUCCCCGGACGGACGUUUCCUAUACGCUAUGAUGCAGUCAGCCAUGAAUCAAGAAGGGGGGCCAAAGAAAAAGACUCGACGACAGACCCGGAUCCUGGAGUAUGAUAUCUCAGAUAAGAAUUCCCCAACUCUGUCACAUGAGUUUGUGGUUACGCUGCCUCCUUACGGCGAUGAAUCCAAAGCCGCCGUCCAGUCCGAAAUCCAUCGGCUAUCCAAUGGACAGCUCUUAAUCCUCGCACGGGAUUCGGGCUUUGGACGUGGAGCGGACGAGACUGAGUCAAAGUAUCGUCAUGUCGAUGUUAUUUCUACAACUGGGGCUACAAAUCUUGCAGGAAAAUGGGAUUCAACUAAUGGCUCUAUUGCAAACGCCAAGGGGAUUUUGGACCCAAAUAUCACGGCGGCGACUUACUGUCCGUUUUUGGAUUUCAACUUGAACUCGGAACUCAAAAAGUUUGGGCUGCACAACGGUGGACCGAAAGAUGACCGCCUCUUGAAUGAGAAAUGGGAGAGCCUUGCACUAGUUCCUCUGGGCCAGGAGGAUUCGAAUGCAAAUCCAGAAUACCUCCUGUUUAGCUUCAGCGACAAUGACUUCAUAACGCAAGAAGGAUAUCAAAAUUCUGGACGGUUUCGCUAUUCCGACAAAUCUGGCGAGGACAUCGAUACUCAGAUUUUGGCAUUCCUAGUUAGCCACGGGCAACAUGCCGCCGCCAUGCACAAUGCUGAGCUGUAA